AUGCGUACCAGCAUCACGGGCACUUCCAGCUCAACAAUCACAGCUACGAGCACAAGUAACAGUACCAUCAACUCGAGCACCACAACGACCACUAGCAGUACAAGCAGCUCUCCUACCACGACCACGACCGCGACCAGCUCGAGUAGCCUUACGACGAGCACCACCGCAACCACCACAAGCUCGAGGACCACUUCUUCUAGCACCAGCACGUCGAGUUCCUCAACUGCAACUACCACAAGUAGCCCUUCGAUAACGGUACCAGAGACAUCUACUACCACAGCCUCCUCCACCACUUCAAGCGAGCCCACGCCCUCGCCCACGGAUGCUUGCGACACAAUUCCAGAACAGUGCGGCUCCGGCGGCGGCCUCACCGUAAAGUAUUACGAGAAUAGCAUCGAGACGCAGGCCUACGGAAUCGACGCCCGCACAGGGGGCCUCGGCCCCGACUACUACCUAAGCCUGGAGCCGCUCGGGACGGGCAUAACAGACACGCUUAGCGUCCCAUACUUUUACGGUGCCGACGGGCGCCGCGGCAUAUACAUCCCAGCCGAGCCGGCAGGCAGCAACUACUACCCCGGCCUGACGAACACAUUUGCGGCCAUCACCUUUGACGCUAAUAACUUUACCCUCGUCUUCACGGGGUACUAUAAGGCGCCCGCUUCGGGCUCGUAUACGUUCUGCGCCGACACGGAUAACGUCGACAACUUCUACAUGGGCUCCGUAGACGCGUUUCCCUGCAGUAAGGGCAACACCACCAAGACGGUGCCGCCUAGGGCGCGGCCGCUCGUAUACAACUACUACGGGCGGACGUCGCGCAAGACGUGCGGGACGCGGGACCUCGUUCAGGGCUACUAUUAUCCAGUCCGCUCUGUGUUCGGCAACUGGGGCACUCCGUCGCAUCUCAAGUUCACGGUGAAGCCGCCGGGAGGGGAGGAGACGUCCAUGAUUGGAGACUUUGGGUAUCCGAGUAAUUGUGACUCUUGA